CCUGGGUCCAUUCUCUCUCUAAUCUCCCACCUGCCUGCCAUGCUGGGCCUCAAUGUCACCCCCUUCCAGCCGGCCACAUUCCAGCUGACAGGCAUUCCUGGGGCACAGAGAGACCUCAUCUGGAUCGCUCUGAUUUUCUGCAUCCUCUACCUGAUCUCCAUCACAGGCAACCUCACCAUCCUCGCUCUGGUGCUACAGGAACCUGCUCUGCACCAGCCCAUGUACUACUUCCUCUCCAUGCUUUCCCUCAAUGACCUGGGCGUGUCCCUCUCUACACUCCCCACUGUGCUGGCCACCUUCUGCUUCAACCACCACCAAAUUAGCUUCAAUGGCUGCUUGGUCCAGAUGUUCUUUAUUCAUACUUUCUCUUUCAUGGAAUCAGGCAUACUGCUAGCCAUGAGCUUUGAUCGCUUUGUGGCUAUCUGUAACCCACUACACUAUGCCACGGUGCUCACCAACCCUCGCAUCUUGGCUAUGGGACUGGGCAUUCUCACCAAGAGUUUCACCACUCUGUUCCCUUUUCCCUUUCUGGUGAAAAGGCUGCCCUUCUGUAAAGGCAAUGUUUUGCAUCACUCCUACUGCCUCCAUCCAGAUCUCAUGAAAGUGGCAUGUGGAGACAUCCAUGUCAACAAUAUCUAUGGACUCUUUGUGGUAAUUUUCACCUAUGGUGUGGACUCAACUUUCAUCCUGCUUUCCUAUGCAUUGAUCUUGAGAGCUGUGCUGGCCAUUGCGUCCAGGAAGCAGCGGCUCAAAGCCCUUAACACAUGUAUGUCACACAUCUGUGCAGUGCUGGCCUUUUAUGUGCCUAUUAUUGCUGUCUCCAUGAUCCACCGCUUCUGGAAAAGUGCCCCACCUACUGUUCACGUCAUGAUGUCCAAUGUCUACCUCUUUGUACCCCCCAUGCUCAACCCCAUCAUCUACAGUGUGAAGACCAAGGAGAUCCGCAGAGGGAUUCUCAAGAUUUUCUGUAAAUCCCAGGCCUGA